AUGGCAACAAAUAAAGCAAAGGAAAGCAGCGGUUUGGGGAAGGAGAGGAAGAUCACAGCUCCAAGUUCUCUUACUAUUCCUAAUACUUCAACCAAGAGAACUCCAAAAUCAUCUCCCAGAGGACACUCAACUGAUCACAAAUUAUCGUUUUCGUCUUCUUUUUCAUCUUCCUCCGCCGCUCAUCUUUCGACGCUCGCCGAGAAACAUGUUCCGAACUAUCUCAAGUCCACGGCCAGCUCCCGCCAUGAACAUAGCAGCUUCAAAUCAACCAAGAAGUCUGCAGUGCCUGCUCCGAUACCUGAGAGCAAGGCGGGUUUGAAUAGAAGAAGAUCUUUCGACAAACCGCCUUCGACUGCACCGCGUUUGGAUAAGCCAUUUCGAUCGCCUGGACCGAGGAAUAGGGUGAGUAAUUUUCCGAUCCGAUCGUCCUCUUUUGGGGCGAAAUCCACCACCGCGGCUAUCAGUUCUGCAAAGGUUGGUUUGUUGGAGAGGUCAGGUUCCAGAAACACCAAAGGGGGAGGAGGGAAGCUACAGACUCAACAAGUUCAGAGUUUGAGAAGUAGUAAUGUAAAGAAAAGCUUGAAGAGAGAAUCUAGCAAUGCUGCUUCAGCGGAAAUGGUUCACAAGACUAAGAAUUCUGUCGAACAUGUUGAUCCGAGUCCUUCGUUCGUUCUCGGCAUGAACGACGAGGAGUUGAAGAAGAUCGAGUGCGAACUCGACCCUUAUCUUCCCGAUCCCGAAUUCAGCAAAGAACUUAGAACUGAUCACCUGGAAAAGAAAGCAAUUUUGGAUAAAGAAGAAGCUCCACAGGCAGCUGCCGCCAAAUCAUUAGAACAAAAUGAAGGGGAAACAGAGAAAGGAGACAGAAAAGUGGAGAACCCAGAGAGAAUUGGAGUAGAAGAAGAGGAAGUUGUUGCUGAGGAAGAGAAGACCGAGACAGAUCCCGAUCACGAUACCGAUCCCGAUCAAGAAGGUGAGGAAGGAGGUAUUGUUUUAGAUAAGGAGGGUGGAGCGGGUGGGGCGAAACCACGACAAGGAGGAGGAGCGGGGAGAGCUUCCGCGGUGUACAAUGAUGUGAUAGAGGAGACAGCAAGUAAGCUGUUGGAGAAGAGGAAGAACAAGGUAAAAGCAUUGGCUGGGGCAUUUCAGACAGUCAUUGACUAUGAAUCUUCAUCCAAAUGA